AUGACGGAUCGAUUAAGAGAAAAGGUAAGCACACUUACAGUUGGGACCUGAUCCAUUGGCAAAAAACGUACCAUUUUGCAUCCGGGAAGUAACAAAAAUGUGGCAAAAUGCUUCCCUCUCCAAGUGAAAAAACUUCGUUUUGAAGGGUUCCUCAGAAAAAGAGCGGACGCGCUUUUGAAAGCUUAUGUUAGUUUUUUCACUUGGAGGGUGCAUUUUGCCACACUUUUAAUACUUCCUGAAUGCAAAAUGGUACGUUUUUUGCCACUGGUCAGGUUAUCAUAAUUCCGUUAUAGCUCGGCUACCUCAACAGUGAGCUGGACGACAUCCGUUGUCAGCGCUCGCUGAGUCCCAAUAUGCCUCAAAGAUCGGACGCGUGCAGUUCUCCCACACCGAUAAAGUAUGUUUCGCUAUUUGCGAUGACAUUUAAAAUUCACAUCUAGGAAUGAGCCCACCACAACAAGCCAAGGGACCGAUACAGCGGAGCAAACAUGCCCAUCAACGGCAAAAGCGUUCGAUUCGCGUCCAGAUAUUGCGGCGUGGCCGGCUCCGCCGCCCGCUGCAAGAGUUUUGUCCAAGCCCAAUAACGGAAAACUUGGAAAUGAAAAAUCGACUUUAACUUAUCGGUCAACAGGUAAUUUUAGCGAUGAUUUGUCGAGUCUUUAGGCGCUUGCAGAAGACAUACAUGGCCUAGACUAAUUUUAAAACAUACUAACAUUGUAUGUGGAAAAUCUAUAGCCCGACCUAUGGCCAAAAUUAUAAAAAAAGAGUUUUUCUUGGAGUUCCCACUAAAAAAUCCUAAACACUCUGAAAAAUAUUCAAAUUCAACUAUUCAGGAACCUCUCCUAUCCCUGAAUCCCAGCUGGCAAGAACCGCAACUCCCGAGGAGACCAAAUUAAUGAAUCUCCUCCGCUCCGCCACCAACUCUCCGCAUCGCGGAGGCCGAGAAGUGGAGUUGCGGCGAAAAAUCCAAAACCUCGAAGAGACCGUCGCCGAAUACGAGAGACAAAAGUUCAAUGUCAUGGGGACGUUCAGCGAGUACCGGGAGUACAUCGCCGAAAGAGAGAGAACAUUGGAGGCGGAGUAUUCGAACAAAAUCAUCGCGUUGAGCGAAGAUGUUUUGGGGGCAAAGAAGGAUUUUGAGACGAGGAUGAAGAGCUUUCAGGCAUUGCAGGUGAGUGAAUGAUUAUUGGAACAGCAAUGAUAGGUGGAGGUUUAAACAGUUUGAUUUCUGUACAACGAACCGCAAGGACCUAGAGAUUUAUUCGUUAUAGAAGGGCUUCGUUUUACAAAUGCCAAUUUUGGACUAAAAUGGAGUCUUGCGACCUCUGGAAAUUUUAGUUAUAGGCUUCAUUGUAUGAGAGUUCGUUGUACAAAGGUUCUACUGUAUGCUAGACUACUAAAGACGAAUAUAACUGGUAAUAACAAAGCUUUUUUUUGUCAAUUUUUUGAGGAACCUCGCAAUACGGGCAGAGCUAAGGUCCAUCGGAGGUCCAUUUCAAAGUUAACGAAUCAAUUUUUAAUUUUCUCGGCUUUGAGGAGCAGAAAUGGGCCAGAGAGACCCUAACAUGUCCGCAACUACAAUUAGAUCUUAUUAAAAUAAGACUCUGUUGACUAUAACCCUUUAAUUCCAGGAGCAAUUCGAACAUGAGAAGGAACAAGCCCUGGAAAACCUCCGACAAGAGCAUCAAAAAGAAAUCGAAAAUUUGGAGCGAAGAGUUGCUGGAUCUCAUUUACUUAACCUCGAGCAAAAGUAGGUUAUUGAAAAAAUUAAAUAUCAAACGUUCAGGUACAUCCUCGAGAUCCGUCGACUCGAGGAUGAGCGCAAAACGUUGCAAUCCGAAAAAGAUCGGCUUGGCGAAACUUUUGACACAAAACUUCGGCGGGCCCAAUCCUUAUAUGAGACUCAACUUAAUGCUGCAAAAAUGUUGUAUGUCAGAGAGUUGGAGGCGUUGAGGGAUCAUGAAAAGCAUCUCAAGAAGGAGUUGGAAGCAAGGUAAAAAAUAAUUAAAAUUUUUACGUCAUCGAAAACUGAGAAUUAUCUAACAUCGUCUUUUUAGACAUGAAGAAUUUCGAGAUCGAGUUCAAGAGCUGAAACUUCAGUCAAUGCAAAGCAGAGAGGAAGUCAGCGCCUGCAAAGCGGAAAUCCAUUUGCUGCAGAAGAAGCUGAAGCAAAAGGAAAACGAACUGGAAUUCAUCAACAAAGAGGUAAAGUAAAAUACGCCGUAGACAGCUGCAAUUUUAAGUUAGAAAACGCUCGAUCAGAACUGCGCUCUUCGAUGAGAAAACUCAGAGAAGUCGAUGCCAAACUCUUGAAAACAACGGAAGAGCUUUCUGAGAAAGAAACCGAACUCAAUAAGAAAGUGGAGCUGCUUCAAACAGCUGAAGCCACCAAAACUCGGCUCGAAUCGACUGUUCGAAAGCUUCAAGUGGAAGCCAAGGCCUUGAAGAAUCGUGUUGAUUUCUUGGAAAUUGAAAGGGAUAAUCUGAAGUGCCAAAGCGAGAGUCAAACAUACCUGCAGAACACACAGAUUCAUGCGCUGGAAGCGGUAAGUUGGACGUCACGUCACACGUCAAUCCAGCGCAUUUCCUGAACCGUUUCGAAACUUCGUAUCGUUUUCAUUGGUUUAAAUGAGAGACGAAAUGUCGAAAUUAUCGGCACUUUUUCUUGCCCGAAAUAAUUGCUUUUUCUCGAAAAGGAAGAAGAAAGAUAAGAAAAUGCUUUUUAUCAUUUCGUUUUGAACGAAUCACCAAAAAGGGGCGGGCGUGCGUCAAUCCAAAAUAGAAGAAAAAAUUUCCCGCCCCUUUUUGGUGAUUCGUUCAAAACGAAAUGUCACUAUCCGAUAAAACGUAUUUUCUUAUCUUUCUUCUUCCUUGUCGAGAAAAAGCAAUUGUUUCGGGCGCGCGAGAAAAAGUGCCGAUAAUUUCGCGACAUUUCGUCACUUCGUUUGGACGAAACUCUAAAGUGGACGAGAAAUAAUUUUCUUCUAUUUCGGGUUUCCUCGGGCUGUGUGCCUACUGUACCACAUUUCAGGUCCUGCAAUCCGUCACCAAGGAGAAAGAGACCUCCAAAGAGCACUAUGAACAACUAUUGGGUGCGGAAAGAGAGCAAGCCGAGCAGAGAGAGCACCAUCUCCGCAAGGAGUUGUGCAGUAAAUUCAAUGAGCUUGAAGAGCAAUACAACUCGUUGAAAGAGUUUGUGGAUGGGACGCAAACUUUUGGUCCGGAUUCUAUGGUAGUGUUCUCGCCUAGAUUUUAUUAUUUUGUUUUUGCAGAAAUUACUUCAAGAAUUGGACGUCUUGAGAUCUCAACGGAAUAAUUUGGAGGAGGAAGUCACUGAGCUCAAAUUUCAACUUGAUGGAGCUAAGGAGAAGGUAUGAAAAGGCCCAGUUUGAAGAAAAUUUGGGCCUCGAGUUUUAAAAACAUUCCAAGUUACAUCAGUGAAAGAAAAAACAUCAAAUUUCGAUUUAUCAAAAUAAAAAAAUCAUGGCCAAACAUAAUUUCAGCCCGCACCCUCAUUUGACUAUGUAAUAAAAGCGCUAAGAAGCGUCGACAACAUCCGUAAGCGUCUUGUCCCCGGCUCGGACGAAAGCGACGAGACAAUCUUGGAUGUGAACGUGGACGUCCUCAAGGAAGAGCUGACCAAUCAGCUUUCCUCUGGCUCUUCGCGCAAUGUAAAGUUGGAUGCGGUGAUUGAAAACCUGCAAAGCAUCGACAAGGCCGUUAAAACGAUCAUUGAAGAGAAAAACUUGGCGAUUUUGAAAGUUCAGAAACUGGAGGAAGAGAAUCGACAACUCGCUUUGCUGAUCGAACAGUCCUCCGCGGUUCAGUCGAGCAGAUCGGCGUUGGAGAACAGCGAGAUGAGCCUGGUCAAAGCGAAGUGGGAAAAUGCGGUUCAUGACCUGGAGGCGGAGAAAUUAAAGAAUAAACAGUUGGAGAUGCAGCUAAAGCAACAUGAAGGUAAGCGGGAUUGUUGAAGAAGCGUUGACGAAACGUUGGAAUUUCGGCACCAUUAAAAAUUAGGAUGCCUAUGAAUUUUGUCAUCAAAUAGCAAAUGUCAUGGUCCCCGGAUUUUACGCAAAUAUUAGUCGCGCCAUAAAGUCCGUAGAAUUUUUUUCGCCGAUGUCGCGGGGUGCGCUGGCCGAAAAGUGCAUGUCGCUAGUGCAAAAACGGAAAGUCGCAGCGGCGCAGGGGGAAAACGCACUGUGCAAUUUCUACGGACUUUAUGUCGCGACUAGUAGGAGGAACCCGACUUCAGGCUCCAAAAUUUGGAAUGAAAAUGCCAAAGGCCAAUAUGGGUGCCUCCAUGAACGUAGACAUAUCAUACUUGAUGGACAAAAAAUGGGAUGUCUCAGCUUCAAUUUGAUAUAAAUUUUAUAGAAAGUGAUGCAUUAUUGACGGAGAAAUAUUUGAAAUAAUGUUGGUGGUUUCGAGUGGCCGACUCUGUAUAGUAGGGAACCUGAUCCCGUAGCAAAAAAAGUACCAUUUUUGCAUCCAGGAAGUAUCAAAAAUGUGGCAAAAUGCUUCCCUCCCCAAGUGAAAAAAAUCAGAUUUCAAAUGCGCGCUCGCUCCUUUUGUGAGGAAACAGGGCGCUUCAAAACGGUUUUUUCACUGGGAGAGGGAAGCAUUUUGCCACAUUUCUGAUGCUUCCCGGAUGCAAAAUGGUUCGUUUUUUGCCACUGGAUCAGGUCCGUCACUGUAGAAUACAAACGGGCUCGGUCGAUUGUCAGAUUUGAGCAAAGUUUGGACCGAACUUAUAGCAAUUCGGUGAAGUUUAAGCCAUGGCUCUGGUCAGGUUUCAUGUAAGAUCUAGGCGGGGAACGAGCAUGGCUCUUACCCAUAAAUGAACUUACUCCAUGCUUGGCUAUGUGUUGAGCUUCUAAAAAAUACGUAAACUUGUCGACCCUCCGCCGAGGUGGAGCUUUCUCCGGAAGAAAAUUGUGUUCUUCCUUUAGAGCAGAGAGGGGCAAACACUGCGAAAAAGAAUCUCCAUUGCUAUAAUAAAUCGUAUUUUACCCCUACUUUUCCAGAACUCUCCGAAGAGAUGACUCGAAAAACAAACGAACUUCGAAUGGAAAUGGAAGAGCAAUACAUCAUGGAGAUGGAAAGUCGAGAAAAGAAAUACAAAGACCAUAUCAUUGAACUGGAAAAUGAGUUGGCUCUAAGUAAACGAGAGAGAUCUCAACGAUCCGAAUCUACAGCCGACAAAGAGGCUUUGCGAUUGGCUACGACUAAGAACAGGGUCCUCAAAGAACUCUUGGAGUAUCAACACGGCUCUUUCGAUGAGGUUUUGGAUGAUUUGGUUGAGCAGAUCGGAAAAAAUGCCGCAAAUAUUAGUCAGGCUCAGCUCCACGAACUGUUCGAGAAGUACGAGUUGUUGAAGAAGCCGGAGGUGGAGGAGAGGCAAGUGAAUUUUUCGAAUUUGUACAUUUGACUUUGGUUUAUCGCUAAACAAAAAAAUUAUGAUUAUUUUUCAGAAAAAAGCCUCAAGUCCGAGAAUGCGCGUUACAAACCAAUAUCGUGGUAGUUGAAGAGUCGGAAGUCAGCGAGACAGAAAGAAUUCAAACAGAAAUUGUGGAGAUGUUGAGCAAUAUGAUGAACUGCGAUGUGAACAAUGUGGAUGACUUGAUGGAAAUGAAGUAUAUGAUCAGAAGUUCGAAUGAGCCUGUACGUUUAGGCUUUAUCCUAAAAUAUUUUUGUAACUUGUUUAGAGCACCUCUUCGGGGAUAUAUCAGAAAGCACAGAGUAGGUUCAGCACAUUGCUUCAUCAACUUUCGGAUCGAAAUCGAGGAUUGAAAAGUCAAGAGUAAGUGCUCGUUUUUCCGCUUCAUUAAAAUUAAAACGCCACAGUUUGAGAGCUUCCCUUGUUAGUCCAAAAUACUAUGAUUUUGAAGUAGAGUAUAUUUCUGUUGAGUCACGUUUCAAAUUUCAGUAGCACCUCCUCAAACACGGACAGGUCAAGAUCUCCAAGUUUAUUGAGCCGUCUGAGAGAGCGCACCCCUUCCAAGGCCAGAGAUUUCACCUUGAAUUCGGCUUCGUCGUUGGGAUCUUCCAGGUGAGUAAAGAUCUUUCGCUAGAGAGGAUCUAACAGAUCAAUAUCAAUAACGCUCACCCUCAACACCGUAGAAACCCAAAAUAAUCAAAAAAAUGCGGAUGCACUGUGCAAAUUUUGGGUUAAAAAGUUUUUUGCGUGGGAAAUUUUAUGACAAUUUCGCAAUAAAAUGCACAACCUGAUGUAUUUUUUCAGAUACCUGGAUUCGGAUCGCAGUUCGGUCAGAAAGAAGUACUCCAAAGACAGACCGGCUUGGAAGUUUUGA